AUGAGCUUGCCUUCGUUGCAACUUUCUACUCUUUUGGGAGAAACGUUACGUUUGAAAUCCCCGGGCUAUCGUGCCCGCCGCUUCCUUUUGUAUCGUGCACGUUGGUUCCUACGGCAAUUCGGUAGGCAUUCGGCGGAGCUUCACUUUUAUGAUAAUAUUAUUGCCGCCCUCAUACUAUUACUCCAUGCUACCUCGCAUUGCUCAAGUCUGAAGCUCGUUGUCGCACGGUCUUACCCUGCCUGUCUUCGUCACUCCCGGCUCCAGUGUCAGAACUGCGGCUUACGGGAUGAAGAACACAAUGAUAGUGCCAUUGAAGAACAUCCAGGAAUUCCACUUGCACCAUGCUCUCAAAGCUCUGAAACUGGAGUGUAUUUUAUUCUUGAGAGAGCCUCACUUUGUGUUGCUAAUGUUGGGAAGAAAUACCGGAUAUUGAAUCCAGAUGAUCAUGCCACUUUUCUGCGGAAGCAAAAUAAGAAUCCUUAUGAUUUUAGACCUGAUAUUGUUCAUGAGGCCCUCCUUCAAAUUAUGAGUAGUCGGCUCCACAUGGCUGGUAGGUUACGUGCUGUAUUUAUCCAAACCGAUCAAGGAGUUCUCAUCAAAGUUUCACCACAUGCUAACAUACCAAAAACUUUGGCAGGCUUUUGUAACAUGAUGGUGGAGUUAUUGCAGAAGUUCCAUAUCAAAGCUAAGAGCAAUCAUGCAACACUAUUGCGUGUAAUUAAAAAUCCUGUCACUAAACAUUUACCUGCCAGCUCCCACAAAAUAGGCCUAUCUUUUAAUUCAUCAAAGACUGCUCGGUUGAGAGACUACAUCAGUAAUGCUGCCCAUCAUGAGAACCUUGUGUUUGUGGUCGGUGCAAUGGCUCAUGGAAAAAUUGAAGCGGACUAUGUGGAUGAUCUAAUAUCAGUUUCUGGUCAUCCCUUGAGUGCAGGAACUUGUCUUAGACGUAUCUGUAUUGCACUGGAGAAAAACUGGAAGAUCAUGUGAAUUAAAUUAUGUCUAUUUUGAUUUUACAUUUGAGUGUACACACACACACACACACACACACACUCUCGCAUAGGUCGAUGGCAAAGUUUUGUUUUCUUUUGUUUCAAAUCUCAUAAGGCCUUGAGUAUAUUAAUCAAAGUCAUAUACCUGAUUUUCAAUGGGAUUAGGUUCAAGUGAACAAAAUCAUGCUUGUUGAAUUAAA